UACCCCAAAGUUUGCUAUAAUUGGAUGGGCUGACAGUAUAGUUAAUCCUUGCACUGCCUCUGAAACUUAAUACAGCGACACUGCCCCAUUCUAGAGGGACUGAAAAUGACCAAGAGAUGAGAGAUUUACUAAAGGAAGAAAACUUUACAGUAAAUGGGCAACAGUCACUUUUUACACAUUGGUACCAUUUAUGUGUGUAACUUAGUCUACUUCUGUGUAUGAAGUUAGAAUUCAAUCAGACGUGCGUCUCUUUGGAAAAGCGUGGUCGCUUGGAUCGUGAUGGGAGAAGUGUCACUUUACCAGAACUGAGUCCAUAAAAAUUGAUGGUGGGACUUCUUUUCAAGAUAAACUUUGCUUCAGGCUAAACGUCCUCAUAUUGUUGACCAACAAACAGGGAUGGUACUUCGAGCUAUGUCUCGAGCGUUAUAUGUCAUCGUAGUUCUGUCAUUAUGGUUUGGAGGGGAGACUACUGCAGAAAGAGCAGGCUGCAAGAACGUGCACUAUGACCUGGUCUUUCUGCUGGACACUUCCUAUAGCGUGGGGAAGGAGAAUUUUGAAAAGGUCAGGCAGUGGGUGGCCAAUUUGGUGGACAGUUUCGACAUCAGUCCAGAGAAAACCAGGGUAGGAGUUGUAAGCUACAGUGACAAGCCACACACUGAGUUCAACCUAGGUGCUUAUCACAACAUAGAGGACAUCAAGCAGGCUGCGGCAAGCAUCAGAUACCGACGUGGGAACACCAUAACUGGGGAGGCAAUUGGCUACAUUACCUUGAACAGCUUCUCACAGCGGCAAGGCGGAAGGCCAAAUAAUCCGAACAUCCAGAAAGUAGCGAUCCUCUUGACAGAUGGCAGAAGCCAGGAUGAAGUCUUGCCAAAUGCGACUUUGGCCCACUCUGCUGGUAUCAGGCUCUUUGCAGUGGGUGUUGGUGAUGCCCUGAGGGAGGAACUGGAGGAGAUUGCUUCUGAACCCAAAUCUGCUCACAUGUUCCAUGUCACUGAUUUCAAUGCCAUAGACAAGAUUCGAGGAAUACUACGACAGAGACUGUGCCAAAAUGUUCUGUGUCCUAAUGUUAGACUGGACAGGAGUCAAUCCAAGAUACCAAAAAAAGCUUCCUCUAACAUCCCAGGUUUUGAUCUGAUGGAGCUGUUUCAUGUGAGGAGCAUUACUGAAAUGAAGAAUGGAGGAUAUGUUCGCCUAGGAACAAUACCCAUAGUUCAAAUGACAAAAGAUGUAUUUCCUCAAGGCCUGCCGGAUGAAUACGCCUUUGUUGCCACAUUCAAGUUCCGAAAAACCUCGAGAAGAGAAGACUGGUACAUUUGGCAAAUUAUCGACAAAUACGGAAUUCCACAGGUGUCCAUUCGUUUAGAUGGUGGGAACAAAGCCGUGGAAUAUAACGCAGUGGGUCUGAAGAAGGAUGCCGUGAGGACCGUUUUCAGAAACAGAGAAGUCAGUGGCUUAUUUGAUCGCAACUGGCACAAGAUGGCACUGAGCAUUCAGUCAGACAGUGUCUCCCUCUAUAUCGACUGUAUUCUGAUUGAAAUUCUGCCAAUGGAAGAACGGGAGAACAUUAAUAUCCAAGGAAAAACAGUCAUUGGCAAGCGUCUCUAUGACAGUGUUCCGAUUGAUUUUGACCUUGAACGAAUCGUAAUUUAUUGUGACGCUAAGGAUGCGGAGCUGGAGAAUUGCUGUGACCUUCCCAGUAACCCAUGCCAGAUUACACUUGCCACCCAAGACCCUUUUUUGGAGAUUUCAACAACACCACAGCCUCCUGCCGAGGUGGACAGUUCAACUUUUGUUAAUUGUUCCUGUCAUAAGGCAGAAAAGGGUGAUCAAGGUAUCCCUGGUUUUCAAGGACCCAGCGGCCCUAAGGGUGAACCAGGCAAAAUGGGAGUAUAUGGUCCUAAAGGACAGAAAGGAGAAGCAGCCAAAAUAAGCCAUACCUUGGUGCAGCAAGGUGAAAAGGGUGAUGCUGGUAUUGAAGGACAGGCAGGGCCACCAGGCGAGACGGGCAGAAAGGGAGACCAAGGUUAUCCUGGAGAACAGGGUUUUAAAGGCACAGCUGGAUCUCCUGGUAUAAGAGGUGAUAUAGGUCCUAAAGGAUCGCAUGGAGAGAAGGGUGACCGUGGUUUUGAUGGAUUUCCUGGAAAACUUGGUCUUCCUGGAGAAGUGGGUGCAACUGGGUUUCCAGGGCUUUCUGGAGAUAAAGGAGCAAAAGGAGAUGCUGGACCUCCAGGCCCACCCGGGAGCAUGUCAGUGGAGACUGGUGGUUUAAAAGGAGAACAAGGUGACCCGGGGCCUCGGGGCUUUCCUGGUUUGUUAGGCCCUUCAGGGCCUAUGGGUCCUCCUGGACUGGAUGGCAUUCCUGGAAAACCAGGUCUACAAGGUCAUAGGGGAAGAAAGGGUGACCGAGGACUGCCUGGUCUACAAGGAAUUACUGGAGCCACAGGUAUUAAAGGAGAGGGUGGCAUUCCUGGAGCACCAGGUCAUCGUGGAGAUCAGGGGCUGCCAGGUGAAAUUGGAUUUCCAGGAAAACCAGGAUCAAUGGGAAAACCGGGAUCACCUGGAAUAGAUGGGAAAAAUGGGUUUUCUGGACCUCAAGGGAUUAAGGGGCAAGAUGGAGAGCCAGGACAAGAUGGUUUACCAGGAAAGUCCGGUGAACAGGGAGAAUCAGGGAAUCCAGGUAUCUCAGGGCCAAGUGGGCAAAAGGGAGAAAUAGGCCUACCAGGGUUACAUGGCCUACCAGGCUCAAAGGGAUUAAAUGGAAACAAGGGUGAACUAGGAGACCAAGGACCAACCGGGCCAAAAGCAGAGAAAGGUGAAAAGGGUUUUGUUGGAGCUCCUGGUUCUCCAGGCUUACCAGGGACGGCAACUGAUGGUUUUCCUGUACCUGGGAUACAGGGCCUGAACGGAGAGAAAGGAAAUCCUGGAGAACCAGGAGAGCCGGGUUCCCAUGGAACACAAGGUGAAAGAGGACACCAAGGAGUUACAGGUUCAAAGGGUCAACAUGGCAAUCCUGGACCACCUGGGAUCGUUGGGGCUAAAGGAGAAAUGGGUAUUAUUGGAAGAUCAGGACCACCAGGCAUGCAUGGGGUGCCAGGAAACGUGGGGAUCCCUGGAGUGGCCGGUCCUCCAGGCAAGGAUGGUCUCAGAAGUGAGAAGGGAGUACCUGGUAAUGAUGGAGAGCCAGGGAUGCCUGGAACUCCUGGUGAUCUUGGACCAGCUGGAAUCCCUGGAACACCAGGUGAAAGUAUAACUGGAAAAAAGGGGCAGCCUGGUACAUCUGGUUUGCCAGGACUUCAAGGAUCAAAGGGUGACCCAGGGGAUCCUGGAAUACCAGGGUUAGCCGGAGAAAGGGGACCUCCAAGUGAAGGAAUCCCUGGACCAUCAGGCCCUACUGGACUACAAGGUGAAUUAGGUCAUCCGGGUCCACGAGGCUCGCCUGGACUCAGAGGCUAUCUUGGUCCCCCAGGAAAUGAUGGAUUACCCGGUCCAAGAGGAGAACCAGGACCUCCAGGAGAACCUGCCUUAUUACCUCUUACUUCCAGGAGAGAGGUAGAAAACAUGGCUAAGGAGUUGUGUACCAGUUGUCCCGAAGGUCCACCUGGAUUACCAGGCGUCCCUGGCAUCAAGGGAAGCAAGGGCUACGCAGGUCCUCCUGGGAAAGAUGGAAACGAUGGACUAACAGGAGACCAAGGACCACCAGGGCCACCAGGACCCCAAGGUCCAGAAGGAACAAUGGGUAGCAAAGGAGAACACGGUUCAUCUGGUUCAUCUGGUGAAAAGGGCGAACAGGGUAAUCCAGGGUUACCUGGCUACCCUGGACCCCCUGGUAAUCAAGGCCAAAAUGGAGCUGAUGGUAUUCCUGGCUCUCCUGGUGCACCAGGUCUACGAGGAGAGAAGGGAAAGGAAGGUGUUCCAGGAAAUCAAGGACCUCCAGGAUUGUUAGGACUGCCUGGACUCGCAGGAAAGGAUGGAAUAGAUGGGAAAUCUGGACCUGCAGGAGAGCCGGGCAGACCAGGUAAUCCUGGACCUUCGGGCAGGAAUGGACUCCGAGGAAUCCCAGGGUUUAAAGGCCUUCGUGGUGCAAAUGGUUCAAUCGGUCCGAGAGGUGAAACAGGAAUGGUUGGACCGCCAGGUCUACCAGGUAAACCAGGAAACGAUGGUGAACAGGGACCUAUAGGACCUCAAGGUCCUCCUGGUUUAAGAGGUAAUCAGGGUAGAAAUGGUGCUCCUGGGCCUGAGGGAAAGCCUGGUGAACCUGGUCUGCCGGGACCUAAAGGUCCAAAAGGAUCAAAUGGAGAUCCAGGCUUUCCAGGGAUUUUGGGAUUACCAGGACCUCGUGGAAUUGCGGGAGAGAGAGGAGUUCCAGGCAAGACAGGAUCACCAGGCAAAGCUAGUGAUCCGGGGUCCAAAGGAGAACGGGGUGACCGGGGUUUUCAAGGUGAAAAAGGAAUCCAGGGAGAGAAAGGACGAGAUGGUGAUCCAGGCAUCCCAGGCAUAAAAGGACAUACUGGGAUAAUGGGUCCAUUGGGUCAUUCCGGAGAACGAGGUCCAGUUGGAUCACCAGGCCAAUCAGGUUCACCUGGCUUACCUGGGGAAAGAGGUGAACCACCAUCAUCAGAACAAUUGAGAAGACUUAUAAGAGAAGAGCUGUCAAAACAACUUGAUGCACGGUUGUCCUAUCUCCUGUCUCAGUUUCAACCAACAUCGAUUAAAGCAGCACCUGGAAAGCCAGGGUCUCCUGGUCCACCAGGGAAUGAUGGAUUUCUGGGGAGACCUGGUGUUCCAGGAGAACCUGGCCUGCAUGGAGAACCUGGCCUAGAGGGAGCCAGAGGACCAGUAGGUCCAAAAGGUGAUAAAGGUACUAAAGGUGAACAUGGGGCAACAGGCAUUGGACAGAGGGGUGAUCAUGGUCUGCCAGGUCCUCCAGGCAUUGCGGGAACACCUGGCUAUGGAAAAGAUGGAAUACCUGGUACACCAGGCCCACAAGGAGAGCCCGGCAUACCUGGCAGUGCUGGUCCACAGGGACCCCCUGGGCGGAAUGGAAACUGUGAUCUUGCGCAGUGUGCUUACUAUGCAAGCAUGGCCAGUCGGCCAGCCAAUCAAAAAGGACCUUAAACCAAGAUCAGAAGCGUUUGGUAAAAUUGAAGGACUGAGGUUGUUGGCUUAAAACACAUUGAUAAUUAGCAACCUGAACAAAGAUCACUGCAAGCACACUAGCUGCUGGCCAGUUGUGUUUUCAGACGUUACUUUCCUCUCAUUGGAGACUUGUACUGUGUCCCAACCAUUAAGCACACGUGUAGAUUCAUUCUGCAAAUCUGCACCAGCACUUGUGACUUAACUGUGUGGUUUUAAAGCUUAUUAACUAUGCAUAUUUUCAAGCUCUGCAGCUAUUUUCCACGAGACUUUCAUCUCAACUACACAACAUUCUGGUGUGACACUACAUGGUGCAAUUUACAAUCUCUGGCCCAUUCAGUUGUUGUGAUUGAUUUCAGUGUUAAAUAAAAGUAACACUAAAUGUGCAGAUUUCCACAUGCAAUAUUUAAAAGAAAAUACCUCUUGAAGGGGAGAUAAAUCUCACUUUACAAAAAUUAUAUAUUUGAAUUUACAAUCGUAUAUAUUUUACUAAUCGUAGAAUAUUAAAUGUACAUUUUCAGCAUGAAAUAGUAAUAUUUGGCAUUGUUAAUAGUUUUAAUACUUGUGCCUUCAUUUACUCUCCUGUGGUCUCUUUAGUUUUUAAACAAAUUAAAAUAUUAAUUUAUUUUGCUCUUCAAGUUAAAGGAUACUGGUAUUGAGAAUGGAACUCUUCGCAUUCAACACCAGUUUCUGCAUCAAGCCAUCUCUGGUCAAGUACACUUGUGCCCAAUGCAGAGUAAAGUUCAAUCUUCUCUGCCUAAAUGCUGCAUCAAACUCCCAUUUCAAAAGAGUACCCCGCUAGUUUCUUCAUUGGUACUAAAACAUCGUUCCUGGUCACUAAAAGUAUUAUAUAACAGCAUCAACAAAUGAUAUUCUCUAAAUGUUAUUCUAAUAAAGUCAAAGUUUAGUUACAACUAGACCAACACACGGGAGGCCUGGUUCCCCUAACACAAUGUUCCAGCACUCAUCCAUUCCCCCAACUACGCAGGGGAGGCUCAUUGCCCCUUAUUCACCCUCCCUCAUUAAACGUAUAAAUAAAUGCUUGCUGCCAGGAAUAAUAAAAAAAUGCACCCUCCCUCAUUAAACUUUUAAAAAAAUCCUUGCUGCCAGGAAUAU